AUGGAACUCAAUCUGGAUAAGUGUGAGGUGAUGCACUUGAGCAAGACAACCAAGCUCGUGGUUCAUUUGUAUUUAAAUGUAUAUCCACAGUGUAAACCAGAAUACAAAGUCCCAGGGCUGUAUGUUAUCGACUCAAUUGUGCGUCAGUCUCGUCAUCAGUUUGGUCCAGAAAAGGAUGUGUUUGCACCCAGAUUUUGCAAGAACAUCAAUACAACUUUCCAAAACUUGUACAAAUGUCCUGCUGAUGACAAGAGUAAAGUAGUGCGCGUACUGAACUUGUGGCAGAAGAAUGGAGUGUUCAAAAGUGAGAUUAUACAGCCACUUCUGGACCUGGCAGCAGGGAUUCCACCACCCUCUGUCACCCCUGCUGUUGCCAGUACUACAGCAGCAACUGUGAGCAGCAACACACCAGGAACUCCAGCCACCCCUGCCACUCCAGCCAAUGUCAUGCAAAAUUUACCUGAUGCGUGGGCCUCCAUCUCUCAGCUGUCAAACACAGACACAAUUGCUGCUGUUGCACAGCUUCUGCAGAGUCCCCAGGGUCAACAGCUCCAGCAGUUGGUGCAAAGUCUUCAGAUGCAACAGCAAAAACCUCAGCCUUCUCUGCUUCAGGCUCUUGAUGCUGGGCUUGUAGUUCAACUACAGGCUCUUACAGCCCAGCUGACAGCAGCUGCAACUGCUAAUACACUCAAUCCACUGGAGCAACGACUCAAUUUUAAUAAGAAACUCCUUGACAGAUUUGAGUAUGAAGAAGAACAGGAUCAUUCAGAGGAAACUAAGAAAGAAACAUCUGCAUCCCAGCUACCUCUUGUAGCUGAGACCAUGAACACAUCACUUUUUCAGCAGCUGGCCGAGCAAUUCCAACAGCAAAACUUUGAGCAACUUCGGCAACAGAUAAUGGAGCAACAGCAGACGCAGCAGAAUGCAACUUUGGACAAUCAGGAGGUAACUUUUGGAUCUGAACAGUCAGUGACCCCUUCCCAGAGCAGCACUCAUCAGCAACAAGAGCAAGAGAUCAGAGUGGAGGAUCCACUUGAGCAACAACAACAGGAUAUGGAUAUUGAUGCACCUGAUGGUCAGGACCUUAUUGAAGAAGAAAUCUUUCAGCAUGAAGAAAAAAAACCUUUAGCACGUUCAAGAUCUCUGACACGCUCAAGAUCUCGUUCAAGAUCACCUCGAAAGAAAAGGUCCAGAUCCCGCUCAGGGUCUCGCAAGCGCAAACAUCGGAAACGCUCUCGCUCAAGAUCAAAAGAAAGAAAAAGGAAGUCGUCUCGAUCUUACUCCAGUGAAAGAAGAGCGAGGGAGCGUGAAAAGGAACGUCAGAAAAAGGGUCUACCACCUAUCCGUUCGAAAACACUUAGUGUAUGCAGUACUACACUAUGGGUUGGUCAGGUAGACAAAAAGGCAACACAGCAAGAUAUAACAAAUCUCUUUGAGGAAUUCGGCCAGAUUGAAUCAAUAAAUAUGAUACCUCCUCGAGGAUGUGCAUACGUUUGUAUGGUUCAUCGACAAGAUGCUUUUCGUGCUCUUCAGAAACUAAGCACUGGAUCCUUUAAAAUGGGCUCUAAAAUUAUUAAGAUUGCUUGGGCUUUAAAUAAAGGUGUAAAACCUGAAUAUAAGCAGUUUUGGGACGUGGAUCUUGGAGUUACAUAUAUUCCGUGGGAAAAAUUGAAAUUAGAUGAUUUGGAAGGCUUUUCAGAGGGAGGCAUGAUCGACCAGGAAACCGUUAAUACUGAGUGGGAGUCUAGGAACACCGAGCCUGUAAAAGAGAAUGUGAUCCAACCUGUAACUACUGAAAGCACUCAACCAACGUCACAAGGAGAGACAUUCACGCAAGCUGUCACUAUGCUACCUGUUCAGAUCCCAGUGACUCCAACUGUUUCAGCGAUUAGCAUGGUGCAACCACCAGCCUUUCCUGUAUCAAUGUCCAUACCUCCUCCAGGCUUCAACCCAGCCAUUCCACCACCUCCAUUUUUACGGCACAGUUUUAAUCCUUCGCAACCACCACCCGGUUACCUACCGCCACCACCACCAGUUGUUCCACCUCCAGUUGUUGGUCCUUCUAUUCCGCCAGUACAAACCUCUCUAGUUUGUCCGCCUCUUUCCAACACCCAAGACAGUACAAAGGAUUCCCCGUUUGGGAACCUACUUUCACACAUAGGCUCUGGGCACAGCAAUCUCCCAACUCCUAGUAUUCCACCAGGGAGUAUGUUUAAUCCAAUUGGCACACAGCCUCUCUCUUCUGGUCCAGGUGGAUCAAAUGACUUAGGGGCACCACGCACAGGCAGCCAAACGUCAACAUCUGAAACAGCAUCUACUUCUGGGCCAGGAGCUCAAAGUACAGUUUCAACUGGGCCAGUUCUGGGAUUGCAACCAUCAACACCUGCACCAGGACUACCCAAUUUGCCACCUCCAAAUAUGGUUGGACCAAGGAUACCUGGAGUGCUCCCACUGGACGUGCGUCCUGGAAUGAUGCCGCCAUCACCCGGACAGCGGUUUCCAUUGCUGAUGCCACCUCAGCCAAACAUGCCCCCUCAGCCGAAUAUACCCCCUCAGCCGAACAUGCCCCCUUCAUUAUCAAUUGACGGACCUCUUCACUCAGGGUCCAGAGCUCCCUUUCCACCAGUAAGUUCUUUCAGUAGGCUUGAAGGAGCAUUUUCAAGAGCUGCAGUCCCCAGUUCUGACAGCAGUACUAAUGCAAGCCAAGGUACAGCAGAUGAAAGAAGAUCUACUGGAAAUGAUCAUUCUUUUCAGCGAGAAAGCAUGCAACAAGAAGGUGAUCGGGAUUAUCGCUUCCCACCAGUGGAUAACAGCGACACUCAUGGAAGACGGGAUCAAUUUGGAUUUGGUCCUGACCAAAGAUGGGGCUCAAGAGAUUUUGAUGAACGUGAGCGUCGUGCCGUGCCCUUUGGCGGCCCUAAAGGUUUUCAUGAUGAUCAUGAAAGAUAUGGUGGAAGAAAUUUCAGGUUUGAUGGAAGAAGUGGUCCAGUAUGGAACCGGGGUUUUGACCAGGAAGUCCACAGGGAUCUUGAUGAUCGCAGCAGGCCUUGGGAACGCCAGAGAGAUCGUGAUGACCGAGAUUUUGGCUUUCGCCGAGAUGUAAAUGGAAACCGUUUUGGAAGAGACCGAGAGCAAGAUCACUGGGUUCCUCCUCGGCAUAGGUUUGACUAUUUUCAAGGGACCACCGAUCACCAAAAACCGGAUGAUAGGCCUCGGGUAAAUGGUGAUUUCUCAGAAACAAACAGCCAGACACCAAACAAGGAGCUUGCAAACAAUGAUUCUGAAGUUUCUGUGAACCUUGCAUCUCCAUCAGAUGGAAGUGUGGAGAAGGAUGACUUAGAAAAUCAACCUGUAACUGAAAACACAGAUACCGAGGGGACAUAAUUGUCAUACAGUAUGGCAAUAUUUUGUAUAGGUGGUCAUCUGCAGUGGACAAAAUGGUUGACUGGAACUUGAGAAAAGUCACUGUUGUCUGCGAGACAAUUUAAUCCGAUGUACAUCCUUUCACUCUAAUAACUGAAGUUAAUGUGUACAACUGACCUGUACAGACUGUUGUUCUUUAGUUGAACACGGUAGGUAACGACAUUUUUUUUUCAUGCUUAGAGGCCAGAACUCCCACAUUUCUUUUAAUUUGAGGAAGAUAUAAUAGCUUGCCAAAAAAAAAUUUUAAAUUGAUCUUCCUAUGGAAGAUAGGUAAACUUGUAGCUGUUACAGCUGGGAUGGAAUAAAAGUGGUGAUAGUAAUACUUGAAAGGCAUAAUCUGAAUUUUUCCAUUCCCUGAAGCUGCUACAAUAUUUAAAUUUAAUGCUUUGACGAAAAGGAGUUACUGUUUCAUGUUUUAUCCUGUUGACAGCAAUCGCCUAGCCCAUUCACAGUGAGCAGUGCAGUACUGAGGUGUAGAAAACAAAAUUGUAAUACGUUUCUGUUUUGUAAAAAAAAGAAAUUUUAAAUUCUCUUAUAGUCUGGUCUCUGUUAAUCCCAGAAUAAAUGUUUGUGAUUUGUCCCUCGUACUGCAGUGAGUAACGGCUGAAAAAGUCAUUUGAAUGUUGGGUGCAUUCUGUUUUUAGAUGCUAAUAAAACGUUUGUUUGAUAA